ACAAUACAAAGACAAGAUAUUUCAUGUUCAAACUAAUAAACUAUUAUUUUUGGCAAAUAAUCAUGAACUUAGAAUUUGAUGGCUGCAACACGUUCCAAAAAAGCUGGGACAGGGUCAUGUUUGCCGCUGUGUUGCAUCACCUUUUCUUUUAACAACGUUCAAUAAACGUUUGGGAACGGAGGACGCUAAUUCUUGAAGCUUUGGAGGUGGAAUUCUUUGCCAUUCUUGCUUGAUGUACAGCUUCAGUUGUUCAACAGUCUGGGGUCUCCGUUGUCGUAUUUUACGCUUCAUAAUGCGCCACAUGUUUUCAAUGGGAGACCGGUCUGGACUGCAGGCAGGCCAGUCUAGUACCCGCACUCUUUUACUACGAAGCCAUGCUGUUGUAACACGUGCAGAAUGCGGUUUGGCAUUGUCUUGCUGAAAUAAGCAGGGGCGUCCAUGAAAAAGACGUUGCUUGGAUGGCAGCAUAUGUUUCUCCAAAACCUGUAUGUACCUUUCAGCAUUAAUGGUGCCUUCACAGAUGUGUAAGUUAACCAUGCCAUUGGCACUAACUCACCCCACCCAUACCAUCACAGAUGCUGAACUUUGCGUCCAUAACAGUCUGGAUGGUUCUUUUCCUCUUUGGCCCGGAGGACACGACGUUCACAAUUUCCAAAAAUAAUUUAAAAUGUGGACUCUUCGGACCACAGAACACUUUUCCACUUUGCAUCAGUCCAUCUUAGAUGAGCUCGGGCCCAGAAAAGCCGGCGGAGUUUCUGGCUGUUGUUGAUAAAUGGCUUUUGCUUUGCAUAGUAGAGUUUCAAGUUGCACUUACGGAUGUAGCGCCGAACUGUAUUUACUGACAUUGGUUUUCUGAAGUGUUCCAGAGCCCUUUUGGUGAUAUCCUUUAUACAUUGAUGUCAGUUUUUGAUGCAGAGCCGCCUGAGGGAUCGAAGGUCACGGGCAUUCAAUGUUGGUUUUCGGCCUUGCCGCUUCCAUGCAGUGAUUUCUCCAGAUUCUCUGAACCUUAUGAUGACAUUAUGGACCGUAGAUGAUGAAAUCCCUCAAUUCCUUGCAAUUGUACAUUGAGGAACAUUGUCCUUAAACUGUUGGACUAUUUUCUCACUCACUUGUUCACAAAGAGGUGAACCUCGCCCCAUCUUUGCUUGUGAAUGACUUAGCAAUUCAGGGAAGCAAUCAUGGCCCCCACCUGUUCCCAAUGAGCCUGUUCACCUGUGAACAGGUGUUUGAUGAGCAUUCCUCAACUUUCUCACUCUUUUUUGCCACCUGUCCCAGCUUUUUUGGAACGUGUUGCAGUCAUAAAAUUCCAAGUUAAUUAUUUUCCUAAUUAGUUUGAACAUGAAAUAUCUUGUCUGUGUAGUGUAUUCAAUUAAAUAUAGGUUGGACAUGAUUUGCAAUGAAUGAUUUAUUUAUGUUUAACACAACGUCCCAACUUCAUUGGAAUUGGGGUUGUACAUGUAAAGACUGCUAAAAUUAGAAGUAUCCUACUGAGAAAAUUCCUUUACCUUCUUUUAUAUUUUUGUUCAGUAUACUGUGAAAAAAGCAUUUCCCCACUUCACAAAUUGUAUUUAUAAUUGCACAGUUUCCACACUUUCAUGUUUAAGAUCAUCAACCAAAUGUAAAUAUAACCCAAGUGAACUUGGAAUGCUUUUUUUAAAUGGUGAUUUAUUUUAUUAAGGAAAAAAAAAAAAAAAAAAAAAAAAACCUGCUCAAAGUGACCUGGCCCUGUGUGAAAAAAGUAACCUAAGAACUGGUUGGGCCUGCAAUUAAGUGAUACAAUACAGAAAAGCAGUACGAAGUGUGAAACACAUAGCCCCCCCCCCCCCAAGGAAAAUGCUGCUACCACCGCCCCUGCCUGCGCGGGCUUCCCGUGCGAUCGUGUCUGUUUUGUCCGUGUUUCUCCUCGCCAGGGACGGGAGGGGGGCCGGACGGGUUGAUCGGGUUCACGGAGCAGACCCGCACGCCUCCUCCUCCCAUUUCAGGUCGGCUGCUUUGGGCGAUGCGAAAAAGGUACGGCGGGCUGCGGUCGCCGAGGAAUAGUCGCGUUUGUCCUUCACUCGGCACCGCGAUCAGCUGCCGUCGUCGGGGCGUUCGAGGCAGAUGUCGGGAUAAAGGCGCGCGGGGAUGGGGGGAUCGCGCCGGGCCUGAACGCGAAUCAUGCUGGCCGAUGGGUGUCGCGGAGCAAUGGAGAGAGACCGGGCCCGGGCCGGGGCCGGGGCCGAUUGUUCGCCGAGGGCCGCCUUUGCGCAGCAAUACGCGCAGCAGGGCGGCGACAUCCAGGAGCUCGCCUCCAAACGCGUGGACAUCCAGAAGAAGCGCUUCUACCUGGACGUCAAGCAGAGCGCGCGCGGACGCUUCCUGAAGAUCGCCGAGGUGUGGAUCGGCAGAGGCCGCCACGACAACGUCCGCAAAAGCAAGCUGACGCUGUCCAUGGCCACGGCGCCCGCGCUGCGCUACUGCCUGGGGGACUUCAUCGACUACUACGCCCGGAUCGGACUGCGGGGGGGCCCGGCGCCACCGCAGCUCGACGGCGGCGGCGGCGGCGGCGGCGACGACGAGCGGGGCCGCGCGGCGACCUCGCCCGCGGGCUCCGCGACGUCGGAUGAGCGCGCGCACCGCGUCCUCAAGAGCCAGCUCAUCGAGAGGGACAACCGAAAGUACUUUCUGGACCUGAAGGAGAACCAGAGAGGGAGGUUCCUGCGCAUACGGCAGACCGUGUCCAAGGGCCGCGGCACCAUGGGCUACUACGGCCAGGGCAUCGAGCAGACCGUCGUGCUGCCCGCGCAGGGGCUCAUCGAGUUCAGGGACGCGCUCUCGCAGCUCAUCGACGACUACGGCGACGGCGACGGCGACGACGGCGACGAGCGCGGCCGAGCCCGAGCCCGGGCCCGGGCCCGAGCCCGCUCCGCCGAGCGCCGCGACGACAGCCCGGAGCUCCCGGAGGCCGCGUCCUUCCGCGUGGACAACAAGCGGUUCUACUUCGACGUGGGCUCCAACCGCUACGGCGUCUUCCUGAAGAUCAGCGAGGUGCGCCAGCCCUACAGGAACACCAUCACCGUCCCCCUCAAAGCCUGGGCCAGGUUCGGGGAGAACUUCGCCAGGUACGACGAGGAGAUGCGGCGCAUCGCGAGCCGCCGCAAAGACGCGGACGAGGACGCGGACGGCGGCGAGCGGGACGAUUGAGGCGGGCGGAAUAUUUUAUAUUGGACAAAAAUUGGACCGUCGACAAAACAAAACAUUAUUUUAUUUUUUUGGGGGGGGGGGGGGGGGGAAGUGAGAGAGACGAUAUAUGACGUGCAAUGUGCGGGAGGGAGCGCAAAUACGCUCGAUAGUUUCGUGCAUAUGAAGACGCGCAGUUUUUGGCAAGGAGCAUUGCGUCUCGCGUCGGGCCGGGGAACGGAAACGAGGGGGCACAGUGGCGAGCCGCCUUCCGGCGACGAAUCAAUUUGCUCGGGGAAGACGUCAUCAGACCGCCAUUGCCCCCCCCCCCCCCCCUCCAAUAGCAUCGCAUACCUGGCCCCUUUGGCCAGCAUCAAGCAUCUUGCCAUCGCCUUGUUUUGCAAAUGCCGAAGCGAAGCAAAGCAAGCAGCAGUCGCGGGAGGUUAGAGUUCAUGGCGUGGAUGAUGACUGCAGCCUGCACAAACAGAGAUUGAUUUCGAUAUCUCGGUGGCGCGUGGCAAUUUCCACACUAACCGCUUACCUCGCCACCUCGGGGCUGCCAAUCGUUCACGCUCAAGCUGUUAUCGAUGCUUUGCAACGGCAGCGGCGCACCGACCGAGGCCCCGCGCCUGCCGUGUUGCCUCGUGGCCAUAUAUUUUCCGUUUAUCCUUCAAUCCAACGCCAUCCUUCGUUCUACAAAAUCCUCGCUCGAACUCGUAUUCCCCAGAGCAACAUGUAAUACUUCAUUUAUAUAACUUGAAAAAGUUUUACCACUAAGAAAUUCAACCCGCAUAGAGCAGGUGAUUUUUAGAUUGAUUCAAAUUGUAUAUGGAAUUUGGGAAUCCAUCUUUUGCGGACGAAGCCAGGCGAAUGACUCAGGCAGUAGAACAAGGUCGGCAAAAUGUGUAUGGGGUUAGGGUGAUGUCAUCCAUGAUGACACGAUGGUGGCGAUGUCAUCCAUGAUGACACGAUGGUGAUGUCAUCCAUGAUGGCAGGAUGGUGGUGAUCUCAUCAAUGAUGACACAAUGGUGGUGAUGUCAUCAAUGAUGGCAGAAUGGUGGUGAUGUCAUCAAUGAUGACUCUCCGAUCUUCUCCACCCUCGCACUAUUCCCAAGAUGAGCUGCUCGAGACGGUCUGAUGCGCCUUCGCUUGUCACAAAGGUCCCUCCGAGCAGGCUCUCCGUCUUCACCUUUGACCCCGGACCGCCCCUUUUUGACUGCGCCGCGGCCCAUCGCAGCUUCCCCGUACACGUUUUGCAACCUUAAGCCUGAAACUGCCUCGUUGCGGUUCCCCUUCCGACAACGACCUCACUUCCAAAAUGGCUGACGGGAAGAGGACAGGCUUCAACUCAACUUAAUUUCUUUGAUUUCGUUUUGAAUUAACUCUCAAGCAAGUAUUUCAACUACAAACUGUGAACAUUUCAGAAUCCUUUUUUUUUUUUCUUCUUUUUUUUGAAUUCUUAGUAGGUUCCACUAAAUUGGGCCGGUAACUUUUUGGACUGCCUCUCGUUCGGUUCGGUUCGGAGUUGAAUGCUGCAGCUAAUUAAUAAGUUACAGCCCAUUUUGUAUCAUACAAAUAAUUCGACAAAUCGACAGGCUGCUGCUAGAAAGGCUGAAAUGUGUCUGUAAACACAUGACACUUAAAUCAUUUCUAGAAACUACUUGUUGGUAUGAGUACUUUAUGUUUCGACUCCUCAUACCGAUGUUUUACCGUGCAGGCAGGUUGACCAAAGAUCUCUUUUAUUUUUGUAUUUUUUUAUUAUUAUUUUUUUUUUUUUUUGCCACAAGACAUACAGUUGUCAUUGGAAGACCAAAAUGAACAAAAACAAGAUGUUUUAUUUCCUGCAUCCCCUCCCCCCCCUCCCCAAAAGACAUGAACAAUUCACACCAUUUACAGGAAGGAAAUCAGAACAGUAAGAAGGUUAUUUUCCUUAUUUCAUAUUUUCAACCAGCUGAAUGUUUAGAAUUCAAUUGAAAAAUACUUGAACUAUAUAUAUAUAUAAAAAUACACGGUGCUAUAGAUUUUUCACACGGUUCUGGUUUCCAUAUUAAGUUGCCCCAUGGAGGAUAGCGCAGGUCAAUUGUUUCUGUAGGUAUAUAUAUAUAUAUAUAUAUGUAUGUAUUAGAAUCUAUAACUCUCAGCACAAUUUAUUUAAAAAAAUAAAAAUAAUAAUAAUAAUAAUACAUAUUCAAAUUGACCUAUUCCAUUUAUGAAUAUUCGUGUCACUGAAUGAAUUUGGCUCAGGAGGCAAACGUUUUCAAUCUUGCCUUAGCCAACGGUGAACGCGAACGAUUCGGUGUUCAUUCUCAAGAGAUUGGAAAAUGCAACUUUUUUUUUUUCUAAAUAUGUCUUGAAAUAAUGAUCUUGUCAGACACGAUUGACGCCCGGCUUUGGUCUUCUGACUCGUGUGCUUGUGCUCGUACCUUUGGGAUGUUCGGUUUGGUGUGUUUACGCGAAAAGAGCGUCGCAAAUAACGACGAUCACUCGUUUAUUGAGGUGGGAAACUUUCACGAGCGACCACAAAAUGUCAGUGCGGUGGUUAGUGCGUUUUGCCGAAGAACCUCCCCAAUCGGGAAAUCUGGACUACUAACAACGAUGUUUCCAAACCCAACGCCUUAACGUACCUUUACAACGCGACUGUAUAUCUUUUGUGUCUAUCUCGGAACGUGUGUUGUUUUCAGUCGGGAACAAUAGUAGUUCUGGUUGUGAAUUUGGACACGCGACUCAUAUUCGGGGCGAAAAUGGUCAUGUAGCAAAAGUACGAACGACGUACAGAGGCGGGGCUACUGGUGACAAAAGCGUAAAUGUAUUCGUGGUUGUCAUGUGAACGUUUGCACACUGGAGACGUGAUGGCUUGCUGUUUGGUUUUGCCCUCGCCGCGGUUCUGGAGAAAGGACCUUAGAAAUAGUACAUCAAACAUGCUAAGAUGUGUACAUUUUUAGCUAACUGUUCCAUGCGUAUAUCGGUGUGUCCUGUAGUCUUUUAGCGUACGACUUUAAAAAGUUUUGUACUGUACUAGUUCAUCCUCUCUAUGUAAACUACUUUGAUCAGUAAUCAUUACUUGCCUUUGUAAUGUUUGAAAUGAAGCGACGUUAAGGAACGGUCACCAAGACGGCAAAGUUUUAGAGUGGAUGCAUGCCAUUGGUUGGGUAUCAAAGAAAAACUAUAUGCUGGGGGGAGGGGAGGGGGGAAAUGGUGCUAUGUUACAUUACGUAAAGGUGCUUCUUUGGACCCAAGCUAAAUGCAUGCCAAGAGGUUCUAUCCGACUAGGGUCAAAAGUCAUUUGAUGUCUUACUGCUGUGUUCAAAUCGAUUUAUAUCCCAAACAUUUCUAAUAUGUGAAAAAGUUACGUUGGAAGUCUGUCAGUCAGUCGUAGGGUUUAACUGACAAAAAGCAAUUAGGGCAAUUUAGAUUUUUUUUAAAAAAAAUACUCAUUAUGAGAUGUUUUCUGUGUUGGAAUAUGGUUUAAUGUAGCAAAAAUAUAUGGAACAGGAAGCAUCUUUUUUAUGAUUAUUAUGAUUAUGAUCAUCAUUGUUGUUUGAGUUGGAAAAACAAUGUGCUAAAGGAUGCAUAUUUUAUUGGUUAAAUUAUUUUCCCUUUUUUUAAAAAGUUGUUUAUUAAAUGUUUUACAAAACGA